AGACUAGUACGGGCUGGGCCUUCCACAAUUCCAUUCAACAAAACCCCGUCAAUUGACUCAAAUCUCAACAGUAUCUUUCCUUUAUUUUCCAUUCUAUGUUCUUCUUUUUCUUCUUCACAGUCCGACCACCGAACCCACUCUCACACUCUUCUCUGCACACACUGUAUAUGAAUAAUGGACUCCUACUCUUCUCUGCUCGAGAGAACUCGAGUCCCUCAACCAUCACUCCAAAGAUUCGCUGUAAUUUCAAUAUUCGAAAAACUCCGAUCGGCCCCUCCGCACCUGAACUCCGACUCCGGUCCGGGGAGAGAAGUCCUCACACAGUGUCUCCACUCCACCUCUCCCGCCGUCAUCGACCAAUCGGUUCGAGAGCUUUGCCGCCUCGUUAAGGACUCCAAAUUGGAGCUCCCUCGCGGAUUAUUGGAGCUCCAAUCCGCUCUUGAAGGAUCCGAUUCACGCUUCGUCAGCGUGUUCGUUAAAGGGUUAGGGUUUUUCGUUCGGCUCGGCUUUCAGAAGAACAGUUCUUCAUUUCGAUUUCAAUCGUCAGAGAAACAUCCAUUUGUUAAGGUUCUUUCUUGUCGAAAUGAAGUGCAAUCCGAACUUGUGAAGCAAGUACUUCUGUUUAUGGUGCAUAACAAGCGAUUGGGAAUGGAGGAAGUUUGUGAAUUCUUAAGACCCUUCCUUAAUUUUUCGAUUUUAAAAGUACAUUCUUCGGCUUCAAUGUCUUUGUUUGCAAGGAACUUAAUAACAUCAAUGGCGUCGUUUUGUUGUUCAUUUCCGCUAGAGGCAAUACCUGUUCUUAAGUUGCUGAUGGGAUAUAUCAAAUAUGUCCCAUGUAAGAAUGCAGAAGAUUUUAAUAAUAUUUCUUAUAUCAUGGAAUAUACAGUGGAUGCAUAUACCAUAGUUCUAACGCACUUGGUCAGAAUGGAAUUGCUGGUUUUUGAGGCUCAAUUAUGUGGUGUGGAAUUGCUAGAGACUAUUCUUUCUUGUACAGAGCAUCACAAACAUUCUGACGGGCAUGAGGUCAUUUUUGACAUAUCAAAGCGCUUAUUGUCUGUCCAAAAAGAGCUUAGCUUGAGUUAUAUACAUGAACUGUCAUCAGCGAUAUUGUCCUUAUUUAUGGCUCUCACUCAAUCAGAACUUGAACAUGAACAACUAUCUAUAUUGAGGCUGCUCCUCUUCCUCCUGAAGUGGAAAAAUGAAAAUGAAUACGUUGUUGAUAGUGCUGCAUGUGAUCUGAACGAAGAGAUUUUGUUAAUCUUUCCUAUAAUCAACCUCAUAGCAUCUCCUUCGAAACCUGUUAAACAAGCGGCAACUGAUUUGCUCUCCAUGUUGGAAAAGCUCUUAAUUAAUUUGUUGAUUACACCAAAGAAAAAGCUGACCAUGCCGGAGGGAUUUCCAUCUAUUACCAGACCUAAAGACAUAGUUUUUAGGCUUUUGCAGCAUUUGUGGUUUCAGGAUCAACACUUGUCAUCCAGUUCUUUCUAUCUAAAUUUUGCUUCUACUGUUGAAACUGAUGUAAAAGAAAUUCAAGAUGUACCAAAAACAUGGACCUCUAUACUGAGGGAGUACUCCCAAUGGAUUGUUGAAAGACAAAAGUCCUCAUCUAUUUCUCGUUCUCAGGAGAUCUUUCUAACUGAAUUGCCUUUGUUACUCGGUACAAUUGCUAGUGUUUUGAUCAUGCAUCAUAAGUUGGGGGAUUCUGCUGUAGAUAUUUUAGCUGUUAGUGGCAUUAUGGAUCCUAAACUUGGCGUUCCAUUAUUGCUUUCCAUUCUUUUCUACAACAAUAUAUUCUCUGGUAAAGACAAAGAUAUUGACUUCCAUGACACGUCGUUUAAACUCCUGGGAAUUCUCCCGUCACUUGCUUCACAUUCUGUAAUGAUACCACUCAUAGUUCAAACUAUCUUGCCAAUGCUUCACAAGGAUGCAAAACCUGUGUUGUAUGCUACCGCCACGCGUUUGCUCUGUAAAACCUGGGAGAUCAAUGAUCGUAUCUUUGGAAGUUUACAGGGCUUACUACUUCCAAAAGGCUUCACUCAAUUUAUAACUGAGAGAAAUAUCUGUAUAAGCAUGGCUGUUUCCAUUCGAGAUGUUUGCAGGAAAAAUCCUGACAGGGGCGUGGACCUCAUCCUGUCUGUUUCGGCUUGCAUUGAGAGCCAAGAUCCUAUAAUCCAAGCUCUCGGUUUACAAAGCCUUGCCCAUCUUUGUGAAGCUGACGUAAUUGAUUUCUACACUGCUUGGGAUGUUAUUGCGAAGAAUUUGCUUGACCAUUUAGAAAACCCAGUUGUUGCUCAUGGCUUAUGUUUUCUUCUAAGAUGGGGUGCAAUGGAUGCUGAAGCAUACCCUGAAGCUGCGAUGAAUGUUCUACAAAUAUUGUGGGAAGUUGGAACCUCCAGACAACUUUGUCACGGCUCUCUAUGGGUGAAGGCUAGGGCCUCUGCCUUUGAGGCAUUAGCCCAUUAUGAGGUACCGCAUAUUCAGGAAAGCAUUCCAGAUUUUAAGAAGAGGAACAUGAAAUUGCUUAUUUAUGAGACUGACCCUGAAGUACUUAGGACCAUGGAAGGAUUUGAAGUCAAGAUUAUAACACAUGAGCACAUCACAAGGCGAAGAUUGGUAAAAGAGAGAAGGGUCUCAGGAAACAAGAUUGAGAAGUUGGUAGAUGUUUUUCCUCAGGUUAUUUUUAGUAAAGGAAAUAACAGUAGAGCUAAAGAAUUACCGGGGGCAGCCCUUUUUUGCCUUUCCUUCACUCCUAAAGAUCUGAAUAAUCAAGGGGCAUCAGAAGGGUUACAAGAUUUACAAGCUAGAUAUGAGAAUGCAUUAGAGGAAAUAGCCGCAUCUCUUCCGCUUUCAAGAAAUAUUCUGAUUUCACUACUUUCACUUCAAUCAUGGAAACCUUUCAUGCAUCGUUGGAUGAGGGCUCACAUCACUUUCCUUGAUGCUAAGUUUCCAUCCACCAUGUUGGAUAAAACUUCCAAAGCUGCUAAUGAUAUUCUAAAGAGAAUGAGACGGAUUGCAGAGGAAUCCAUCCCUAGAUCUGCUGAAAAUAUUGCACUAGCUAUUGGUGCACUUUGCGCGGUCUUGCCUCCAUCUGCCCACGUUGUUAAAUCAACUGCUUCAAAGUUCCUUUUGAAUUGGCUAUUCCAGUAUGAACAUGAAUACCGCCAAUGGUCGGCUGCAAUGUCUCUUGGAUUAAUCUCAAGCUGCUUGCACCUGACUGAUCACAAGCAAAAAUUCCAAAACAUCAAUUCCCUCAUUGAGGUUGCAUCUCGCAGCAAAAGCGUCCUUGUAAAAGGAGCUUGUGGAGUUGGAUUGGGUUUUUCAUGUCAAGGUCUUCUUACGAGGGUUGAAUCUGCAGAUGGCGCCAAAUUGGACAAAGAAAGCUUCAAGAAUCAGGAAGCAGACUUGCUAUUUAAGAUUGUCGGGGCCUUAUCUCAGAUGAUAAGUCAAUUUUCUCAUGCAUCAUAUGAUGUUCUACAAAGUCUCUCUGCAUAUUUUCCGCUGGAUACUGUUGAUAUUGAUUCUGAUAUGACUUCCAAUUUGUCGGUUGAAAACUGUGAUGACUUGGAAGAAGAUAUAUGGGGUGUUGCAGGACUUGUCCUUGGUUUGGGGAGUUCUGUGGGCGCAAUCUACAGGGCCGGAGCUCAUGAUGAUGUGCUUAAGAUAAAAGCCUUAAUCAUGUCAUGGAUUCCACAUGUAAAUCCUUCACUUCUGAACUCUUCUAUCAGUGAAAAAUUUGAGAUGGUAUUAUCAGUGGGAUCUUGUCUUGCACUUCCAAUCAUAGUGGCAUUCUGCCAGAGAGUAGAACUGAUGGACGAUGUGGAGCUGGAUCAUCUAUUGAGAGGCUAUAGGGAGCUCAUUUCUGAAUUACUUUUUGUAACAAAAUCUGGCACCUUUUAUCAGAGCUUGUUGAUGGCAUCGUGCAUUGGAGCAGGAAGCCUCCUUGCCUGCAUUUUAAAUGAAGGGGUGCACUCUAUGGAAGUUGAACGUGUAAAAGAUUUGCUGGCAUUGUUUAGAAAAAGUUACUCUAAUCCUCAUCCUCCUCUUAUUCAUUUUGGUGGAAUGCUUGGAGUUAUUAAUGCAUUAGGAGCAGGUGCUGGGAAAUUGUUUCAUGAUUACCCUUCUAAGUCUUUGCAUAACGCUUAUGAUCUAAAGGAAUCUUCUUAUAUCAUGGGUCCGCUACUUUCAAAUCCUGUUUUGGAGCCUGAUUUGACGUUAUUGAUACAAGAGAUGUUUCUUGUUGCACAAAAUUCUGAAGACUGUCAGCUGCAACAAUAUGCAGCAUGGUCAAUUUCAUUUCUUAGACAUGGUAUGUGGUCCAGAGAAGUUCAAAAAAUUGGCAGUAACUUCCAAAGUGAUGCAGUUGAUUUGAAGUCUGUGUCUCAAAGUUUUCCAGAGGAAAGCGUCGUCAUGCAGCUUUCUUUGUGGCUAAUGCAUCUUAACUAUAUUGAGACGAGUACAGUUUCACACAUCAACACUGUUGCAACUGCUUUACGGUGCCUUUCACAAGCUCCCAGAUUGCCAGAAAUGGAUUGGGCUGCAAUAAUCAGAAGGUGUAUGAAGUAUGAGGGCCAGGUAACUGAUUUGUUGCCACCAGAUUCAGUUCUUAAGGAAGGAAUCCUCAGGGAUGAAUGUCUACAGUUCUCUUUAGCUCAUGCAGUCCAAUUUGAUUCACUCCUUAGCUUCCUUGAUGAGCUAUACGACCUGCCCCGGUUCAGGACACUUGAGCCAAAUCUGCAGUCAUUUAUGCUGCUUCAUCUGGCAGACCUGAUAAAACUGUUCUCGGGUUCUAGGCUUGAAAAACUAUUUGAUGAUGUGGCUGACUUCUUAUCUUGUUUAGUUUCUUCUUCUGAUGUUUAUAACCCGGAACAGAAAAGCUUAUUGCGAAUUUCAUGCUGGAAAGGUCUUUGUCUUUGCAUGGAUGAAGCUCCUGUUGGUUCUCAAGAGUAUAUAUUGAACAUGGAACAUUGCAUGGAGUUGCUCUUUUCUUCGUUGCCUGUAUUGCACGCUACUGUUGUAGAAAGUAAUCAGGUGCAUUCAGUGGAGUGGUCUGAGGCAAUUGGAUGCCUAGGAAAGGCUCGACAGAGUUGGUUAUCGGAUCUGCUGCAGGUUUCGGAAGUAGAUUUAAUAGGAGACACCUAUUUCUCUAAAGUAGUGAAAAAGAUUCAAGCAAGAGCCAAGCUAGUUUGUGUCGGUUCUGUUCCACUGAGUGAGCUGGGAAAACUAAAAGCUUAUUUAUUGAACAACAAAUCACAUGGUAUUUGGGAUGUCCUGGUUGAAGUUGUAGCAGCUCUGCAACAUGCUGAAGGAAGUGUCAAAAGACAGUGGCUUCUUGAUGCAGUAGAAAUUAGCUGUGUUACAAAAUAUCCUUCAACGACUUUGCAGUUUCUUGGUUUGCUAUGUGGUAGCUGCUCUAAGUAUAUGCCUCUUCUGAUUGUGGACCCAUUAACUGUGUUGAGUGACCUACCGAUAACUCUUACAUCUCUUCUAUCAGACACUAGUUGGGGUGUAGCGGUGGAAUCUGUUGUUUCGUAUCUGUGGGUCACGACCGAACGAAUUCUUGAUUGGGCCACACGUAUAGCGCAUGGUGAUAAUUCACCUACCCCACAACCUAUUGACGAAAGUGAGAAUAGUAUGGCUAUUUUCCUAAUGCAGGUAAUGCAUCGCACCUGUGUUUAUUUGAGAAAUUAUCUGUCUCCUGAGAAGCAGCUUAGGCUUGCCAACAUGGUGGUCCCUGAAUUUCAAACUGUGCAAAAGAUGUAGCAAUCAUAUAGAUUGAAAUCGGAUUUUUAUGAAAGCAAUUUCUGCCUUCCUCCCAGAAAGAUCAAUCUCUACAGCCUGUAAAUUCACCAAGUAAUCUUAGUAUUGUUUCAAGUUUGUAAUGUUGUUUUUUUGUAUAUAAAUUUAUUAAAUGAUUCAAAUUUUGUCAAAUUUGAUAAGUGGGCUGUUUUACAUCAGUCCACAUUUGGCUGAACUUCUGAUAAGAUGAACUUUCGUUGUUUCAUUCAUUACCAAAGAAUUCUGGUUGAAGCAAUUUGGUUUUGGAAAUUUGGGACAGAGAUGGACUUAAUGGACCUCUUGUUUGUAGACUGCGUGCUACGUUUUAUGUCAAGUGUACCUCGGUUGAGUAUUUUUUAUUUUAUUUUUAAUUUUUCAUGGUUUGAUUCUA